AUGACAUGCACUCAAUGUACAUGUGCUGCUCUAAUAGCUGGUGCCGUUGGAUGGAACUGCGUGACAAGCAAUGGCACGUGUCAACUGAUUACCAACUAUUCAUUGGAUAAUGGUCAUAUUGUAGAAACAACCAAUGGAUCUUUUUUCUUUCAACAAUUUCCAUCCCAUCUUUUACUAACAACAUCUGAUACAACAGCAGAAAUAACAUCAACAACUACCACUACAACGACAGCACUCGAUUGUAUAGCAAGUUUAGUUGGUGCAACAUCACUGCUUUAUCUAGCAAAUGUUAGCAGUCAAAGUUAUACGAAGUAUUCUUAUAUUUACACUGCUGUCACGACAUCAACACGUCUCACGUUAUCAUUUCGUAUGGAUUCAAACAAUUGGUCGUUGGACACUGUUUCUGUCAAAAAAUCUGGAACAUCUAUAGAAUUGUUGGCAAACGGAGACUUUCAUUUAGGUAAUGGAACUGGCUUGUCAUCAUGUAAUCCAUAUAAUGCAACGAAAUCUGGAUUUGUUAUAAACGAUUCUCUUAAUGCACAAUCAGGCAGCUUUUAUUGGAAAGACGGAUCGACAGGCGCUGCAGACUAUUUGUAUUAUUAUUUUCCCACUGAUAUUGGUACAAAUUAUACUGUUAGUUUUUAUCUUAAAAGUGGUGGUGGACUACCGAACAGUGCACAUGUGUACAUUGGAUCAUAA